AUGACUGAAGUUCUCGUCGAUGAGCUGGGCCUCGUCGUCACCCUGAUCCUUCUGGCGUGCCUGUUCCUCAAAGCGCAGUCUCUGGUCGAAGGGGUCGUUCAACUCGGUGUAGGCGUUGACAAUCUCCUUCUUGCACACGAAGGCCUCGAAUCGCUCGCACAGACCGGGGAUCUCACGGUGGUACUUGGCGAGGGGGCUCAUGACCUGCGGGUGGCCGAAGAUGAAGGAGGGGUUGAUACACUGCUCCUCGAUGUACUCGCCGACGAGCUUGUCGAUCAUGCGGGCGUUGGUGAGGGGCGGCGAGCACUCGAGCUUCAUCUUCUUGAGGACCUUCUGGAGGAACUCGUUGGUCUCGGCAGUGUGCAGCUGGUCGGCGGGGGGGAACUUCUCGCCGGUGGCCUUCUCGAGCUCGGGAAUCAUCUCGAAGCGCUUCCAGGGCUUCUCCCAGUUGACCUCGUACACCUCACCGUGCUGGGUGUGGAACUUGGUCUUGUAGCCGCCGGUGACGUGCUUGACGAGGCCGCUGACCAGCUCCUCAGUCAAGUCCAUAAUGUCGUAGACAUCGGCGAAGGCUUGGUAGAACUCGCAGGUGGUGAACUCGGGGUUGUGGGUGAGGUCGAUGCCCUCGUUUCUGAACUGACGACCAAGCUCGUAGACGCGGUGGAGGCCACCAACGACAAGCUCCUUGAGGUAGAGCUCGGGAGCUAUUCUCAUGAACAUGGUCAUGUCCAGAUCGUUGUGGUGGGUGACGAAGGGAGCGGCGGUAGCACCACCGGCAAUGGGACCCAUCAUGGGCGUCUCAACCUCGAUGAAGUCUCUCUCGUCGAAGAAUCUUCUGAUGUAGGUGACCAUCUUGGAUCUGGAGAUGAGGAUCUGACGGCUCUUGUCGUUCAUGAUGAGGUCCAGGUAGCGCUUGCGGUGACGCUCCUCGUGGUCCUUGAAGCCGUAGUACUCGUCGGGCAGGGUGUGCAGGCAGGGGGUCAAGAGGACGAACUCGGUCGCGAAGAUGGACAGUUCACCCUCCUCGCCCUUCUCGAUCUUGGACUUGGGUGCCGUGCGGCCGGGGUAUCCGAUGAUACCAACAAUGUCACCGCGGCGGAGGUGGACGUGCUGGUCCUCGAAGGACGGGCUGCCCUCGCUGACCUCCUGCGCCUGGGCCAUGACCUGGACCUUGACGCCCUCGGCACGGAUGUCGUAGAAGAAGAGCUUGUUGCCAGAGGCACGCUUGUUGUAGAUACGAGCGCCCACGCGGACGACCUUCUCCUUGUCAUGCUCGCCAGACUUGAGGUGGCCGAAGUCCUUGACAAAGUUGCGCAAGUCGUAGUUGGCUAUGUAUCGAGAUCAGUAUACAGAUUCGUUCAGGGAUCACGUUGCGCAGAUCUCACUGUGGAACUUGUGGGGGUUCUUCUCGUCGGCUUCGGCAUUGCCCUUCUUAGCGUUGCCGGCGGGCUUGGGAGGGGCGGCAGCGGCCUUCUUGGCCUUCUCAGCCUCCCUCUGGCGGGCCUUCUGGCGCUUCUUCAGCUCCGUCUUGGAGACCAUCUCGCCGGUGACAUCGUCCUUGAGCAGCUUGGCGGUCUCUUCGACCUUGAGGUCCUUGACCUGCUCGGUGGGGGGCUCGGAAGCGCUGGGGUCGGCCAUGAUUGCGGGUUUGCUGUAUCACGGGGAACUUGUCAAUAA